GUGGAGAAGAAGGUACUGAUGUAACCCCGACGAUUAGAUCAACUAGAUGGGACUGUUCUAGCUUAACCACGAGUCUUGGGUUCGAGACCUAAAAAUGCCCCAUCUCAGGAGUUAGAGAUGCCAACCUUAAUGGUUCUUGUCAUUCCUCGAUCCGGAUUAGUCUGAACCUGUUAUUGCGCAUAAAAGAUGGCCUGACUCAGGAUACAAGAUGCCAACGGAAAAAAAAAAAAGUACUAAUGGCUGGUAGUGUUGAGCACGAGCUCGACCUUGGCCUACCGGCAAGUGAGGCAUGGUAUCUCUUCCGCAUGGCAUGUCGGCUGGCGAGUGAGGCAUGGUUUCUCUUUGGCACCUUAAUGCCGGAUGUGUUUCUGAAGGUGGAGCUUGUUGAAGGUGAUGGAGGAACUGGAAGUGUUGUUAAAAUAACUUUUGGUUUUGAAGGACCGGCAGGCUACAAAGAGAAAUUCACAAAGAUAGACAACGACAGACGGAUCAAAGAAGUAGAGAUAGUGGAAGGAGGAUACUUGGAGUUAGGGUUUUCUGCGUUUAGGGUUCGAUUAGAAGUGAUAGAGAAAGGAAAAAAUUCAAGCUCUGUCAAAUCAACAAUGGAGUAUGAGUUCAACGAGGAGGAUGCGCCUGUUGCUUCUCUCAUCAACUCACAAGUUUUGGCUGAGAUUGCUCUUAUUGCCAAAACUCAUCUCAACAAAAACAAGCCUCCAGCAACCUAG